AUGUCAACACUUCCAAACGAGAUUUUACAAAAGAUCUUCAGAGAGCUCUUUCACUCCGACGCACCAUUUCAACUUAGUUACCGCGAUUUAUUCAAUUGUACGCUGGUUGAUCGUCGGUGGUGCUCCCUCGCCGUUCCAAUUUUGUGGACCGAUCCGUUAAGGCGCUUGGACGUUCUCAGUAAACCUUGUAAUCUCAUCGUCACAACAUAUCUGUCCUUUAUGGACGACGUGGAAAGAGAAAAAUUAAAUCAUGUGCUUGGUCCAAUAAGUUUACCGAGUAAUGCGAUUUUCAAUUAUCCUUCUUUCCUUAGAAUUCUUGAUAUAAACGCUUUCGACAUGGCUGUAUCUAGAUUCAUCUGUUCUUUUGAGAUCCGAAAAAAAAGAGAAAUGUCGUCUCUAAAGAUUUUCUUAUUGUGCGCGAUAUUUAAAAUUUUGGAAAGUCAAUGCACAAAUUUGAGAGGACUUUUGAUCGCUGUUCACUAUCCAGUAUGUGAUAUUCUUCCAUUGCUCAAUGAUAGUAAACUUCGAUCGUUGGUUAAACCUGUUAAGAGGAUGAAAUUUGAAAUUAUCGAUAAUAGUGAUCACAAUCUUUCAUUGUUGGCCGAAAGCGUUCAUAAUCUGGAAUAUCUCGAGUUAUGGCAAAAGACCAGCCAAUUAAGCAACCCAAAAAAGACCAUCGCCAACAUAAUUUCCUUGUUACGUUCCCAAUACUAUCUAACCAGUCUGAAGAUCGGAGGUUUAUCCAAAGGCAUCCAUCAAAUUAUUUCUUCAUUGCCAACUCUUUCUUCCACAUUGUUCACUAUUGAUUUUUCACACAUCAAUUUUAUCGAAUGUGGGCCUAUGCGUGGGUUGGCAGCUUGUGAAAAACUCGAAAAAAUGAGUUUUUAUUGUUGUGAAAACUUGACCAGCGAGAUGUGGAGACCACUUACGAAGGUGCCGAUGAAGGCACUAGUGGAAGUGGUUUUGUAUGAUACUCGCGGAGAAUGGAUGAAUGAGUGGAGUAAAAGAGAAUGCGUCAAGAUUUUGGAGGAUAUAAUUUAA